GGAGCGAUAAGGGUAAGAAUGUGGUAGGUAUUUUAGUUGACAGGGACCUCAGGGAGCUCGUUGUUGAGGUUAGGAAUGAUAGGUUGAUGAGUAUUAAGCUGGUAGUUGGUGGAUUUACUAUAAACGUGAUUAGUGCAUACGCUCCUCAGAUAGGUUUGGACCAGGAGGUCAAGGAGCAACUCUGGGAGGAUUUGGACGAGAUGGUGCGUAGUAUCCCGCACAUAAAGAAGUUGUUCAUUGGUAGAGAUUUCAAUGCUCAUAUUGGGGCUAGUGCUAGGGGUUAUGAUGAUGUGCAUGGCGGGUACGGUUUUGGGGAUAUGAAUGAGAGAGGUAAUUCAUUGUUGGAUUUUGCUAGAGCUUUUGAUUUGGUUAUAGCUAACUCGAGUUUUCCGAAGAGGGAAGAGCACUUGGUCACUUUCCAGAAUUCAAUGGGCAAGGCUUAG